AUGCCAGACACCACCACUAUACCUCCGUCUAAUUCCCCACUCCCAAUCUCCACCAGCUCCGAAGAGAACAAAUCAUCACCUACACCUGUACCUGCCGCUACCGAGAAGAAGGGAUUGAUGUUACCUCCUCCUAUACCCAGCAAAGAGACUAAAGGCGAUGGUGCGGUUAUCCCAGGACCUCCCCCCCGUAUGACCCGUCUCCCAUCGCUCAAACAGCUCUCUGACCAUCUUCACUACACACCCUCAUCGAGUUCCACCUCUCAAUUCCCUUCACCUUCACAAUCUUCUAUACCAGCUACUCCCCCUUCACUCAGGAUCGCUACCGGCUCUUUACCACAAGGUACACCAGGAGGUGUAUCUCAAUCACCCCUGAUCGCACCUUCCCCAUCUAGUAGAUUGAGAUUACCUGCAAGUGCAAUGAUGAGAUCUCUUUCGUCCGGGUCAAACGGUAUAGGUACGCCAUUGGAAACUGUCCAUUCUCCUAAUUGGGCUAGUAGAGGUAUGCCCCGAGGCACAGAUAUAUUCGGUAAUAAUCCCAAUUCCAAUUCAGAUUCAAAAUCAUCUUCGCCCACCACUUCUAAAAAUGCAGACGCACUGAAAGAAUCACCCAUCUCCAAUAUCACUCCUCAGACUGCCAAUACCAAUGCUGGUGUGAAGAUAAUGCCAGGAAGAGAAAAUGCACCUUCGAUGUCAAGGACAAACAGCUCCAAUUCGUAUAUACAGGGAUACUCUAAUGUACCUUCCUUGGAUCAAAUCAGACGGAGAAUAUCAAUCUCUCAAGGUAGUAAACCAGCUUCUAACGAUGUACCUGCUGCUGCUACCGCUGCUGCGACGAUCUUACCAUCCGGUAUAGUUGAUUCACCAGCUACUGCGACUAUCCCCUCGGGCAGAAAAGACAAAGUUGAAAGUCCACCUCAGAGUGGAUCUCUCACUGCUUCAUCUUCUUCCUCGGCCGAAAGUGAAUUAGUGAAUGGAAAGAAGAAGAAAGAACAUCCCCUAAGACAUGCUUGGACCCUCUUCUUCGAUUCAAAAACGUAUAAACCUGAUGCAUCUACUCUCGCUCAAUCUCAAAAGGAAGGUGGAAAAGCGUUGACGGAAUAUGAGAUGACCCUUUUGACCGUUGGUAAAUUCGAUACUGUCGAGGGUUUCGCUAGACAUUUGAAUAAUGUCAGAUUACCUAGUUUGUUGAAUAAAAAUUCGAAUUAUCACAUGUUCAAGAAUGGUAUAAGACCUAUGUGGGAAGACCCUUCAAAUGCCAAUGGCGGGAAAUGGGUGAUCCUCUUCCGUAAUUCACCACCAACCCUGGACGUAGCAUGGGCCAAUUUGACCAUGGCAUUAGUAGGAGAGAUGUUGGAUGAAGAAGAUGAAGUUUGUGGUAUCGUAGCUUCCAACCGACCUAAGAUCGAUAGAAUCCAAAUAUGGACUAGAUCAAGGGAUGAUCAUGAGAAGCUAAAUAGAUUGGGUAGGAAGGUUUUGGAAAUCAUGAAUCUUGAUGGGAAAGAUAGGGAAUGUAUGAGUAUGGAGUAUCAGUACAACGCAACCAAUUCUCAUCCUCCAUCAGGUCUAUUCCUCCACAUUCCAUUCCCCGAUGCUCGAACUCCUUUGUCUACCCCUACACCCAAUAGAUUAUCUGCCCCCGUAGGAUUAGGCAUAUCCGCAAGCUCGUCCUCACCUAGACUUGGUACCCUCACACCAGCAGGCAGAUCGCCUACCAACGCUACCUUCUCUUCUUCGGGAACCGGAAUGUUAGAACCGCCUACUAACGGGGCUGGGAUGACACACUCGCUAUCGCAGAGGCGGUUGAGUGGUGGUGCAGGUGCUAAUGCGUUUGCUGGACCGAUGGGCGGAGCAAUGGGUAGGAUCGGUUCGUCCUCUGGUCUUGGAGGAGGGAUAAGCAGAUCAUCUAGUCCUGCGCUUAGUACUGGCUCGAGUCCUACGCCUACACCCAGAGCUCUGAAAGGAUAG